CCGGCAUAUUAUAAUCUCCUUUUGUUCGUUCGGGACUUCUCUUUCUCACGCAACACUCACCGUUUUGUCCUUGUACUUCUGACUGAUUUCUCAGAAAUAAAAAAAUACCACUAAAAAUGGGAGGCUUAUCAAAGAUAAUGGAGGAUCUGCCUGAAGGUUACGGCUACGUGAUUCUCACUGGAGUUGGCAGCACAUUUGUCAACAUGUGGAUGGGCAUGAACGUUGCCAAAGCUCGCAAACAGUAUGAAGUAACUUACCCAAAUAUGUACUCAGACAACAAGGUGUUCAACUGCAUCCAGAGAGCUCACCAGAACACGUUGGAAGGCUACCCUACAUUCCUGAUGCUGCUGUUUGUUGGAGGCCUUCAGUAUCCUCUGACUUCAGCCGGAGCAGGAGGUAUUUAUCAGCUGGGCAGGAUAGCAUUUGCAAAAGGAUACAGCACUGGAGAGCCAGAUAAGAGGCGGUGGGGGACCUUCGGAUACAUUGGUUUGCUCACCAUGUUGGGCUGCUCCAUUGGUGUGGCAGUCAGGCAGCUCAAACUAAUUUAGAGUGUACAGCUUUGACAAGUUGCAGUAGAUUUCCAGCAUUGGAUGUUUGUGUAAACAGCUGAUAUUUUCGUGUAUUUGUAGCAUUUCCCUGUAGAGAUAUAUUGUAUGUUUAUGUGUAAUGUAAUUUUGUCAGAUUUUGAACCUAAAACACAUGUUAUACACAGUGGUGUAAACGGCAUACCUUCAAUCACAAUGUGCAUGUAGCAGGGGAAAAAACCAUUGGAUGGUAACAUUGGAAAUCAAAUGAAUCUUUGUUCAAUAUCUAAGCAUUUAUAGAAAAUAAUUUCAAAUAUUCCCUCUUAGUUUUCUGUUUGAAUGAAUAUGUUUUGCUUUUCUUAAGAUUUUAUUUAUGACUAUGUCUAGUAUUAAGUUAUGUUUAUAUAUAAACAGUCAUCCCUAUCAUCAAAUUAUCUUGCAUCACUACUGCUGUUGUUAGUCAACAUAGAUUGUAGAUCAUACACUGCAGUGGUCGGGGAUCAAUCUGUGCCUCUGCUUGCUCUUUUAUUUUUAUAGAUGUAUUGGUACUUCUAAAUCAGUUUACCUCUCCUCUGUACUUUAUUGUCUGAUGUGCCAACUUGUUGACCUGACAGUAACAAUUUAUCUUCAUGUCACAUUGUCAUUCUGUCCAUAUAUUGUGCCAACGUUUUCAUAGAAAAUCGAAACAUCAUGUUAUAAUUUAUAUGUGUAACAGUUGCAUUAACCAUGUCAUGGUAAACUUGGUCAAAAAGUGUCUGAUAAAAAAUAAUACCUGGGUAAUUAAAAAAACAAAUUGUGAACAUUUGAAAAUUAACAGUUAUGUUUAAAAAGUACGGUAAUAAGGUUCACCAAAGCCUAACAGCAGUGUAUGUGAUCAAUGCUUAAUACCUCCCAAACCUUUAUCAUAGGUACCUAUAUAAUAGACAUGGAAAUAUCCCAUACCAUUAUUUCAAAAUGAAGUAAAAUGGCUGGUGGGCUUGGUCAGGUUUAGUUUACAUACUUACACAAUUUGCUGUUAAAUCAUCCUUCAAGGUUGGUUGAGGUUUUUGUGUAAUUUGCUAUUAUUACAAUGUGUUUUAAAUGUAGUUACUGAUUUAUCCUUGUAAUAGGUAUUUUGACUUAAGUGCUAAUCAAGUAUACAUCAUGUAGUACAUAUGGAAUCGAUUACAGGUAUGUGAAUUAAGAACAAAAUGUUCAAAUACUGCCGGUUUUAUUCUUUAUAAAGCUUUGCCAUUGCCAUGGGACAAAGUCAUGGAUGAGAUAGGAUGUUCCAUUUGUACAGUGCUCACACCUUCGGCAUGACACUUUAAAGAAUUUCAGUCUUUGGUUAAAACCUCUAGAUGGCAAAUAAAAGGAUACCUCAAACA